AUGGCGAGAAACAGAGCCUGGAACGCCACAAGCAGAGCUUCAAGCCUUCUGGGCAAUGAUCGGAGUUGGCGAGUACAUGCUAGCACUGCCAAGAGCACACACAUCAGGAACCCCGUGCUCCGAUACGUCCACAAGGCCCUCGCUCACACCAUCUAUGUGAGGCGCGACGUGACUGGUGUCACCGAAAAGGAGCUCUUCUUCCUAAAUGAAGGGAUGAAGAAGGUGAUUCACACGUUGCCGGAUGGAACUGAGAUGGUCGGGGACAGAACAGGGAACAGCGUGGCGACGUAUCUUCUCAAGAGCUUCCUCAGCUACAGGGAGUAUGCUCUUCUCUCAACAAAGUGCACAAGGCAAGCAGUGUAUCUCCGCAAGAGCACCUACCUUCGCGGCCAACCCAUCAGCGGACGCCACAACUAUCAGUUCGCCUAUAGGCAGUUUGAAUACGGGCUGGCGAGUUUCUUCCGCCAAACCACCUUGACCUACAUCACGGUCAUGGAGAACAUAGACUUUGAGCCUCCUAUCGAGACCAUUCUCGAGCAAGGCCAAGAGGAGGAAGACUACGCUCACCCAGGAGCAGCUGGCGAAGGGAGGAAGUCAGCGGCUAACACCGCACUUGAGAGCAUCAACACGCUCAAAAGCCUGGAACCAGUUCCAGGACAAAGCGAUCAAGUCCCUCCUCAAGACCGUGAAGAAGAUGGGGAAGCGCAUCAAGCAGCUGACCAAGGGCAAGAGCAAGUCUCCCAAGCCACGACUCCGACAACACUCCUCCGAUACACCUCGGUUCCUAUCAUGACGACGACGUAG